AUGCUGCUCCCUGCUUUCCUCUUUGGGACGCUAUGGGUACUUGCUAAUGGGUGGUGGUGUGAACGGACAGAGAUCAUCCACGUGGACGAGGAAAUAGCCCCUCGACAGGAGGACCUGGUACUGUGCACCAGCUUGUAUCAUUGCAGCCACCUAGGGUGGCGGCUGGACUGGCCCUGGAGUGGCCGUGCUGGGCUCAUCAGGCCCCCAGCACCUGGGCUCUGUGCCAUCUACAAACCCCCAGAAACACGGCCUACCACAUGGAACCGGACAGUGGGCACCCACUGUACAGAUGCCCUUACUGAUGCCAGGCCCAAAGGCCACUGCUUUGUCACAUGGCAGUGCCAGCCCCUGGCAGGCUCAGCCAAUUCUUCAGCAAGAAGCCUGGAAAAGUGCUGUGCCCAACCCUGGGGACACAGCUGUUCUGGCCAGCACCUCCCAGGCAAUGCUUCCUCUGUAGCCCUCCUGCAGCCCCAGGCAGGGGCCGUGGGCCAGCUCUGGAGCCAGCGCCAGCGUCCCUCAGCCACGUGUGCUACCUGGUCAGGCUUCCACUACCGCACCUUUGAUGGGCGUCACUACCACUUCCUGGGCUGAUGCACCUGCUUGCUGGCAGGCGCUGUGGAUUCCACCUGGGCUGUCCACUUCAGGCCCAGGGGACAGUGUCCCCAGCCUGGGCCCUGUUGGCUGGUCCUGGUGACAAUGGGCCCGGAGGAGGUACUGAUCCAAGAUGGAGAGGUCUCUGUGAAGGGCCAGCCAAUACCUGAUAGGGCACCUUGGCUGCUCCAUGGGCUGAGCCUACAGUGGCAGGGGGACUGGCUGGUGCUCUCUGGGAGUGUGGGAGUUGUUGUGAGACUGGACAAGUCCAGUUCCAUCUCUAUCUCUGUGGACCAUGAGCUCUGGGGACAGACGCAGGGCCUCUGUGGGCUUUACAAUGGCCGGCCAGAGGAUGACUUUGUGGAGCCAGGCAGAGGACAGGCUGUGCUAGCUGCCACCUUCGGGAAUUCCUGGAGGCUCCCUGGCUAUGAGCCUGGGUGUCUAGAUGCAGUGGAGGUGGCUUAGGGCUGUGAGGGCCUCCUGGAGGGCACAGAGACAGGUUGGGAGAUUAGCCAGCUGCAGGCUGAAGCCCAAGAUGUGUGCCACCAGUUGCUGGAGGGUCCGUUCUGGCAAUGUUAUGCCCAGGUUCCCUCAGAUGAGUACCACGAGACUUGCCUUUUUGCCUACUGUGUGGGGGCUGUGGCAGGCAGUGGCCCAGAGGGGCGGCAGGAGGCUGUGUGUGCCACCUUUGCCAACUAUGCCCAUGCCUGUGCCAGGCGGCGCAUCUAUGUGAGCUGGAGGAAGCCUGGCUUCUGUGAGCACCUGUGCCCAGGGGGCCAGCUCUACUAUGAUUGUGUAUCAUCCUGCCCACCUCGCUGCUCAGCCGUGACCCAGGGAGAGGAGGGGUCUUGUGGGGAAGAAUGUGUGAGUGGCUGUAAGUGUCCACCUGGCUUCUUCUGGGAUGGUGCCCUCUGUGUGCCUGCUGCCCACUGUCCCUGCUACUACUGGCACCAGUGCUAUGCCCCUGGUGAUGCUGUAUACCAGCAGUGCAACCUGUGUGUGUGCAGGGAUGGCGGCUGGCAAUGGGCCCAGGCUCUGUGCCCCGCUGAGUGUGCGGUGGGCGGUGACGGGCAUUACUUCACUUUUGACAGGCGGAGCUUCUCCUUCCGGGGCGGUCCAGGCUGCCGCUACAGCCUGGUGCAGGACUCUGUGAAAGGCCAGCUGCUGGUUGCACUGGAGCAUGGGGUCUGCGACUCUGGGAGCUGCCUCCAUGCCCUCUCUGUGUCCCUUGGGGACACUCACAUCCAGCUCAGGGACUCAGGAUCUGUGCUGGUGGAUGGACAGGAUGUUGGCUUGCCCUGGAUUGGUGCUGAGGGUGUCAGCAUCUCCCAAGCCUCCUCUACCUUCCUGCUACUGCGCUGGCCUGGGGCCUGGGUUCUCUGGGGAGUGACUGACCCUGCAGCCUACAUCACCUUGGACUCCCACCAUGCCCAUCAGGUACAGGGUCUAUGUGGCACCUUCACCUGGAACCAGCAGGAUGCCUUCUUGACUCCAGCUGGGGACAUAGAGACCAGCGUCCCUGCCUUUGCCAGCAAGUUCCAGCUGUCAAGAGAUGGAAAGUGCCCCUCAGUGGACAGUGCCCCUCUCUCCCCCUGCAGCACUCACUCCCAGCGCCUCGCUUUCGCAGAGUCAUCCUGUGCCAUUCUGAAUGGCCCCACCUUCCAGGAAUGCCAUGGGCUAGUGGACAGGGAGCCAUUUAGGUUGUGGUGUUUGGCAGCUGUGUGUGGCUGUGCCCCUGAUAGGGACUGCUAUACACGCCACUGUGCCCUGGAGGGUGCCCUGCUGCCCUGGAGAAACCAGACACUGUGUCCUGUCCUGUGUCCUGGUGGCCAAGAGUACCAAGAGUGUGCCUCAGUAUGUGGUCACCAUUGUGGGGAGAUGGAGGAUUGUAAGGAGCUUGGCAGUUGUGUGGCCGGUUGUAACUGUCCCCUGGGACUGCUGUGGAACCCUGAAGGCCAGUGUGUACCGCCCAGCAUGUGCCCUUGCCGGCUUGGCGCCCAUUGUUAUACCUUUGGCACUGCCAUCAAGAAAGACUGCAAGUGCUGUGUCUGCCAGAAACGGGGCCUCUGGAACUGCACUACCCACAGCUGCUCCCCAUAGCAGGCACUCUGCCCCGGAGAGCUCAUCUAUGCCCCUGGUGCCUGCCUUCUCACCUGUAACAGCCCCAGUGCCAACCACUCCUGUCUGGCAGGAAAGUGUGUCUGUCCCCCUGGCAGCGUACUGUUGGAUGAGCACUGUGUGCCUCCUGAUGUCUGUCCCUGCUGCCAUAGCGGACAGUGGUACCCGCCCAAUGCCUCCAUCCAAGAAGACCGCAACAUUUGUGUAUGUCAGGGCCGGCAAUGGCACUACACUGGCCAGCGGUGCAGUGGAUGGUGCCAAGCAUCUGGCGCCUCCCCCCACUAUGUGACCUUUGAUGGGCUGGCCUUCGCCUUCUCUGGGGCCUGCGAGUACCUGCUCCUUAGAGAAGCUAGUGGCCGCUUCAGUGUCUCCGCCCAGAACCUGCCCUGUGGGGCCACCGGCCUCACCUGCGCCAAGGCACUGGCUGUGCGCCUGGACAGCACUGUUGUGCACAUGCUCAGAGGCCGAGGAGUGACCGUGAAUGGGGUAAGCGUAAAGCCCCCCAAGGUCUACACAGGUUCAGGGCUGAGCCUGCACCAUGCUGGCCUCUUCCUGCUGUUGACAACACGCCUGGGUCUCACCCUGCUCUGGGAUGGAGGCACCCGAGUCCUGGUACAGCUGUCCCCCCACUUCCAUGGUCUGGUGGCUGGACUGUGUGGAGACUUUGAUGGUGAUGCUAGUAAUGACCUGCAGAGCCGCCAAGGAGUUCUGGAACCCACGGCAGAGCUGGCUGCUCAUUCCUGGAGCCUCAACCCCCUGUGCCCUGAGCCAGGAGACAUGCCAUACCCCUGCACAGUGAACGCCCAUCAGGCAGGCUGGGCCCGGCGCUGCAGGGUAAUGCUGCAGCCAAUCUUUGCCUCAUGUCACAUGGAGGUGUCCCCACAGCAGCACUACGAGUGGUGUGUGUACAAUGCCUGUGGCUGUGACUCAGGGGAUGACUGUGAGUGUCUCUGUUCGGCCAUUGCCACCUAUGCUGAUGAGUGUGCCUGGCAUAGACACCACGUGCACUGGCGAAGCCAGGAGCUCUGUCCUGUGCAGUGUGAAGGAGGUCAGGUAUACGAAGCCUGUGGCCCUACAUGCCCUCCCAUGUGUCGUCACCAUCGUCACCCUGAGCCUGGAUGGCACUGCCAGGCUGCCACCUGUGUGGAGGGCUGCUUUCGUCCUGAGGGGACACUGCUGCAUGGAGGAGUCUGCAUGCAGCUGGCUGCCUGUCCCUGCAAGUUGAGCAGCAGCUUCUUGCCUCCAGGGACUGUGCUGCAGAAGGACUGUGGGAACUGCACGUGCCAGGAAAGUCAGUGGCACUGUGAAGGUGACAGUGCUCCUUGUGAGGAGCUGGAGCCUGGCUGUGCAGAGGGAGAGGCUCCAUGCAGGGAGAGCGGGCACUGUGUGCCACAUGAAUGGCUUUGUGACAACCAAGACGACUGUGGCGAUGGCUCAGAUGAGGAGGGUUGUGCCACCCCACGCUGUGGGGAGGGACAGAUGUCUUGCCAAUCUGGCCACUGCCUGCCCCUGGCCCUGUUCUGUGAUGGCCAGGAUGACUGUGGAGAUGGCACAGAUGAGCAGGGCUGCCUGUGUCCCCAUGGCACUCUGGCCUGCACUGAUGGCAGCUGGCUGCCACUCGCCCCGCUGUGCAAUGGGCAUCCAGACUGUCCAGAUGCCUCAGAUGAGGAGUCCUGUCUGGGGCAGGUGAACUGCAUCCCUGGGGAGGUGUCUUGUGUUGAUGGCACUUGCAUUGGGACCAUCCAGCUGUGUGAUGGGGCUUGGGACUGCCCAGAUGGAGCUGAUGAGGGGCCUGGUCACUGCCCUCCACUUUCUCUCCCUACACCCCAUGCUGGCAUCAGGCAAGGCCCCUCCACUGUCUCCCUGGAUGCAGUACCAAGUCUGCUGGGCAGCACCAGCCCUGCAACCCCAUGCGGCCUCUUUGAUUUCCUGUGUGGCAGUGGAGAGUGCACCCCGGGGGGCUGGCGCUACGACCAGGAGGAGGACUGCGCAGAUGGCAGCAAUGAGCUUGGCUGUGGUGGACCCUGCAUGAUGCACCAUGUGCCCUGCACCCGUGGCCCUCACUGUGUGUCCCCAGGACAGCUAUGUGAUGGUGUGCCCCAGUGCCCUGAUGGCUCAGGUGAGGACCCUGACACUUGCGAAGGAAUGCUGACCUCAGGAGGCCCCAAUGGGACAGGGGGUCCCUGCCCAGAAUUCUCUUGCCCAAAUGGCACCUGCAUUGAUUUCCAGCUGGUGUGUGACGGGAAGCCCGACUGUGAAUUGGCAGAUGAAACCGAGCCCUCCAUGGAAGAGCAGGGCUGUGGGGCCUGGAGUCACUGGGGCCCGUGGGGACCAUGCAGCCAAACCUGCAGGCCUGGGGUACAGAGUAGGAGCAGAUGCUCCUCCCCAUCUAGUCUCCUGGUGUUACAGCACUGCCUAGGCCCAGAGCACCGGUCAUAGGCCUGCUUCAUGGAGGCCUGUGCAGUGGACAGUGAAUGGAGCUCUUGGACCCAGUCUCUGUGUUCUGAGCCCUGUGGGGGUACCAUGACGCGACAUCAGCAGCAUCACCCACCCCAGAAUGGGGGCUGGGCCUGUGCCCUGCUGCCUGGGCCCCCUCCCAGCACCCACCAAACCAAACCUUGUUCUCAGGAGGGCUGCCCCAAUGCCACCUGCUUCGGGGACCUGGUAUUCCAGCUCUGUGCCCCCUGCCCUCUGACUUGUGAUGACAUCUCUGGCCAGGCCUCCUGCUCAUCUGACAAGCCCUGCAGCAGCCCAGUUUGCUGGUGCCCAGAAGGGCAGGUGCUGAGCAAAGAGGGGAGGUGUGUGAGGCCUGGGCAGUGUCCCUGCCUAGUGUAUGGCACCUACUACUGGCCUGGGCAACGUGUCAAGGCAGACUGCCAGCUCUGCUUCUGCCAAGAUGGGCGGCUACGUCACUGUAGACCCAACCCGGAAUGUGCUGUGGAUUGUGGAUGGUCUUCCUGGUCCCUCUGGGCCAACUGCCUGGGACCCUGCAGUAACCAAAGCCUCCAGUGGUCUUUCCGGAGUCCCAGCAACCCAAGACUCUCUGGCCGGGGUUGCCAGUGCUGUGGUAUCUACCGCAAGGCCCGCAGGUGCGAGACAGAGCCCUGUGAGAGCCAUGAGCAUCUGGGCCACAUUCAUCAUGUUGGGAAGCGCGGGCGUGAGGGUCCCUUCAGGGUGUGUGAGUGUUUUCCCAGGGGCACUACAUGCUGCUCCCUCUAUUGCCCACUGGGCAGCUGCCCCCAGAGCUGGGUCCUGGUAGAGGGAAAGGGAGAAUCAUGUUGCCAUUGUGUGCUGCCUGGAGAGAACCAAACUGUGGUCUCCAUGGCCACUCCUGCCUCUGCCCCCAGUCCUCAGAUUGUAGCCCCUCUGGAUACCUAUGUUCUUCCCCAUCUGGGAGAUCCCUGCUAUUCUCCCUUGGGCUUUUAUCGACUGCCCAAGAUGAGCCUGCAGACACCAUCCCACCACCUGGAGCACCCCACCUGGGAAGCCCUUCUGGGGAUCCCCACUGCAGGGCCUGGUCCUGGAGAGGAUGCUGAGUGGCACACCCAACCGCUCUACCUUCAGCUGGACCUACUUCGGCCUCGGAAUCUAACUGGCAUCAUAGUACAGGGGACUGGCUCUUCUGAUGCUUACAUCACCAGCUUCUCUCUCCAGAUUAGCAGUGAUGGUCUACAGUGGCAUGACUAUCAAAAGAUCCUGCCCAGUGUCUUGCCCCCACCUAAGCCUUUUCCUGGGAGCUGGAACCAUGUGGCCCCUGAGGUAUGGACAUCUGGCCAGAUGGUGGAGGCAAGGCACAUCAGGGUGUGGCCACAAGAUGGUCACCACAGUGACAACAUCCAACACAGCAUCUUCCAGUGGGUGGAGCUACUGGGCUUGUCCCCACUGGCACCCCUGUGCCCAGAGGCCAGGCACCGUUGUGCCAGUGGUGAGUGUGCCCCAAAGGGAGGAUCAUGCGAUGGUACUGUGGACUGUGAGGACGGCUCUGAUGAAGAGGGGUGUGGACCCCUGCCUGGAAGCACUAGCAGAGUUCAUUUCACAGCCAGCACCCGAGCCCUCUCUUCCCCUCACCAUGGACAGCUGCCUUCCCAGCCCAGGGAGGGUCUGGCAGACACUGAGCACCAGCAUCCCAAGCAGGAACCAUCCAUGCCUACCACAGGGCAAUCCAUACAGAUGCUUGCCACCACCCCCACAUCCCUUUCUGGCACCAAGAGCCUAUACCCAGGAAUGGCAGCCGUGACCAUGCUCCCCUGACACCCAGCCACUCCUGUGACUCCUAUUGGUCAAAGUGUCACCCCCAAGCCCUUCCCACCCAUGCAGUGUGGCCCUGGACAGGUGCCCUGUGAUGUGUCGGGCUGUGUGGAACAGGAGCAGCUGUGUGAUGGGAGAGAGGACUGUCUUGACGGCUCCGAUGAACAGAACUGUGGUGAGCUUGGGCCCUUUACUGUCCCUACCACUGCCUUGCCUGGGUUGCCAGCUUCAAGGACCCUCUGCUCCCCAAGCCAGCUGAGCUGUGGCAGUGGGGAGUGCCUGCCCCCUGAGCAGCACUGCGAGGGGGACCCUCAGCCGAACUGCCAGGAUGGUUCUGAUGAGGAUGGCUGUGGUAUGUGCUGGCUUGAGGUACAGCCCGCACCCUGAUCUGGCUGGAGUGGCUGCAGCCACAGUUGUGGUCCAGGCCUCGCCUUCCAGCCCCGGGGAUUGCUGAGACAUCCUUUGGCAGGGGGCGGCUGCCUGGUGGACCAGCUCUGCAGCAGGUCGUGCUUUGUACAGGCUUGCCCAGUGGCUGGGGUGUGGGCAGAGUGGGAGCCCUGGGGACCCUGCAGUGUCUCCUGUGGGGGUGGCUACCAGAGUCGCCAGAGAGGCUGUAUGGACCCCCCCCCCAAGAAUGGAGGUGCCCCCUGCCCUGGGGACUCCCAAGAGAGGGCACCCUGCGAUUUGCAGCUCUGCCCAGGUGACACAGACUGCGGGAUGGACUGUGUUUAUAUAAAUGCUGAACUGUGCCAGAAGGGACUGGUGCCUCCAUGUCCCCCCUCCUGCCUAGACCCUGAGGCCAACAGAAGCUGCAGUGUGGAACGUGCGGAAGGAUGCUGUUGCCCUCCAGGACUCCUCCUUCAGGACUCUCACUGCUUGCCCCUCUCUGACUGCCCAUGCCUGGUGGGCCAAGAGCUGAGGCAGCCAGGGCUGGCCUUCCUGCUGGAUAACUGCACAGAACGUGCAUGUGAGAAGGGGGCACUGCUGUGUGAGCCAGGAGGGUGCCCCCAACCCUGUGGCUGGUCUGCCUGGUCACCUUGGGCUCCUUGUGACCACUCUUGUGGCUCUGGAGUAAGGGUUGGGUUCAGGUCUCCCUCCAACCCUCCUGCAGCUUUUGGAGGUGCCCCAUGUGAGGGUGACAGGCAGGAACUGCAAUCCUGCCACACAGAAUGUGGGACAGAGACACCAGGCUGGACACCCUGGAUGUCCUGGUCCUCCUGUUCCCAAAGCUGCCUUGUCCCUGGAGGGGACCCCAGCUGGUGGCAGCGUUCUUGGCUCUGCCCCAGUGACACAUUCUGUCCUGGAGAAGCCACCCAGGAGGAGCCCUGCAGCUCCCCUGUGUGCCCAGUGCCAAGUGACUGGGGUUUAUGGGCUUCCUGGUCUACCUGCUCGGCCUCCUGCAAUGGCGGCAUCCAGACCCAUAGGCGUAGCUGCUCUGGCUUGACUCCUGGGAACCCUGUAUGCCCAGGACCCCAUACACAGACCAGAGAUUGCAACAUGCACUCCUGUGCAGGUACCAGCUCCCUUCUGCAGUCUCCAGGUGGCCUUGCCCAGCCCAGGUCCUGGAGCUCUUUGGAGGAAGGAAAUCCAGACCCUCUGUGUGUCCAGUCCUUUGGGCACACCAGACACCCUGGCCUCUUCCUGCACAACACUAGCUGCCUGCCCUGGAGCUGGUGCCCCUGUCGACUGCACGGUGUGCUCUAUGCACCAGGAGCAGUGGUUCGCCUGGACUCCUGCAACAACUGCACCUGUAUCUCUGGUGAGAUGAUAUGUACCACAGCACUCUGCCCAGUGGCCUAUGGCUGGAGCCCCUGGACUCCAUGGACUCCCUGCAGCCGCAGUUGUAAUGUAGGCAUUUGAUGACACUUCUGAGCAGGCACUGCACCUCCAGCUGCCUUUGGGGGUGCUGAGUGCCAGGGUCCCAAUGAAUUCUGCAGUUUGAGGCCAUGCUGAGGCCCUGGUGCAGAGUGGGGUCCCUGGACUCCAUGUUUUGUGUCCUGUGGUGGUGGCUACAGAAACCGCACCCAAGGAAUUGGCCCACACAGCCCCAUUGAGUUCUCCACCUGCAGCCUGCAGCCCUGUACAGGGUCAGUACCUGGUGUGUGUCCCAGGGGCCAGCAAUGGCUGGAGUGUGCCCAGGGACCGGCCUCUUGUGCCGAUCUCAGCAUCUCUAGAGAUACUAAUCACACAUGCCGCCCUGGCUGCUACUGCCCCGCCGGGAUGCUCCUGCUGAACAGCGUGCGUGUCCCCACCCAGGACUGCCUCUGCACUCACAGGGGGCUCCAGCCCCCAGGACGUGCUGUGUUUCGUCCAUGUGAGAACUGCUCCUGCACCUCUGGACUCAUCACCAACUGCAGCUCCUGGCCUUGUGAGGAGGGCCAGCCUGCAUGGUCCCCAUGGCCCAUGGAGCAUGUGUUCAGCCUCCUGCGGCCCUGCAAGAUGCCACCACACCUGUGCCUCCUGCCAGGCUUUGACCGAGCAGGGGGCUGGGGACCUUGGGAACCCUGGUCUAGUUGUAGUCAGAGCUGUGGGGGAGGCCUGUGCAGCCGUACCCGAGACUGUAACCAGCUUCCACCCCAGGGCCUGGGGGGUUUCUGCGAGGGACCUCAGGCCCAAGGGGAGGCAUGCCAAGCUCGGCCAUGCCCAGUGACCAACUGCAGUGCCAUUGAAGGGGCCAAAUAUAGCUCCUGUGGCCCUCCCUGUCCCUGUUCCUGUGAGGACCUCGUGCACUGUGUAUGGCGCUGUCAGCCUGGCUGCUACUGUCCCCCAGGGCAGGUGCUGAGUGCUGAUGGGGCUUUCUGUUUGAAGCCUGGGCACUGCAGCUGCCUGGACCUGCUGACUGGGAAGCAUCACCAUCCAGGCACUCAGCUGGCAAGGCCUGAUGGCUGUAAACCACUAUUGCAGGUUAUCCAUGGUCACUCUCUAGAACAGCACACCAUCUUUGACAUCCCAGAAGGUGAUGGGAUAGGGAAUGGAUUUCAGGAGCAGGGCCCCUGCAUGGAGGGGAGGCUUAACUGUACAGACCUGCCCUGUCCCGUGCCUGGAGGCUGGUGCCCAUGGUCAGAGUGGACAGCAUGCUCCCAGCCCUGCAGGGGCCAGAUGAGAAUUCGCUCCAGGGCCUGUGUCUGCCCUGCUCCCCAGCAUGGUGGUGGCCCAUGCCCAGGGGAGGCAGGGGAGACAGGCGUCCAGAAUCAGAGGGAGGCCUGUCCUAACCCCACUGCAUGCCCAGUGGAUGGAGCCUGGAGUCCAUGGGACGGUGGUCUCUGUGACACAUGCCUGGGACAGUCCCAUCGGAGCCGGGUGUGCAACCAGCCCCCCACCUCUGACGGAGGCAGGCCUUGCCCUGGGGGCCAUGAGCAGAGUCGCCCUUGUCAGGACAAUUCCACAGUGUGCACAGACUGUGGAGGGGGCCAGGAUCUGCUGCUCUGUGGGCCAUCCUGUCCCCGCUCCUGCCGGGACCUGUCCCUUGGCAGUGUCUGCCAGCAAGGGUGGGCAGGCUGCCAGCCCAGCUGUGGGUGUCCCCCAGGCCAGCUCUCCCAGGAUGGGCUCUGUGUGCUUCCAACUGACUGUUGCUGCCAGUUCCAGCCUGGAGCCAUGGGAAUCCCUGAGAACCAGAGCCGGUCAGUAGGGUCCACACUCAGCUCCUGGGAGAGCCUGGAACCUGGAGAGGUGGUGACUAGGCCAUGUGACAACUGCACCUGUAUGGCAGGCAUCCUGCAGUGCCACGAGGUGCCCAGCUGCCCUGGCCCUGGCAUGUGGAGUUCCUGGGGCCCCUCGGAGGAAUGCAGUGUUUCCUGUGGGGGAGGGGAACAGCUGCGCUCCAGGCACUGUGCCCGACCCCCCUGUCCAGGACUGGCUCGGCAAAGCCACACCUGCCACACUCAGGUCUGCAGAGGCUGCCCGGCUGGCCGUCUGUACCGUGAAUGCCAGCCCAGCGGGGGAUGCCCCUUCUCUUGUGUCCACGUGUCAGGACAGGUGGCCUGUUUCUCUGAGAGCUGUGAGGAAGGCUGCCACUGUCCUGAGGGUACCUUCCAGCACCAGUCGGCCUGUGUCCAGGAGUGUCCCUGUGUGCUGACAGCCUUGCUGCUGCAUGAGCUGGGGAUGGCCAGCACUGCCCCUGGGGCUCACCCAGCCUUUCUGGGAAGGGAAGGCCCACCCCUUGGACCUAGAGAUGAGCUGCUCCCAGGCCAGAUGCUUCAAACAGGCUGCCGAAACUGCUCCUGUGUGCAUGGGAAACUGUCUUGCUCCAUGGAGGACUGCUCCAGAGCCCAUGGCAGCUUCAGUCCCUGGGGCAUGUGGGGCCCAUGCUCCCACUCCUGUGGUGGACUGGGCACCCGCACCCGCCACUGUAUGCUUCCCACACCUGCUCCUGGUGGCCUGGGCUGCCAUGGGCCCCUUCAGGACCUUGAGUACUGCCCCAGCCAGGAAUGCCCUGGUACUGCAGGGUCCAUGAUGGAGCCAAUGACAGGCCUUCCAGGUGGCUGGGGUCCCUAGUCGCUGUGGUCUCCCUGCUCCCACAGCUGCACAGACCCUGCUCACCCUGCAUGGCGCAGCCGCACAAGCCUCUGCCUGGCCAACUGCACAGCAGGAGACUCCUCACAGGAGCGCCCGUGCAACCUGCCCUUGUGCAUAGGUAUGACGCCGUGCUCUGGCUCUGACUGUGGACGGGGGAACUGUUCCUGGAUGUCCUGGGCCCCAUGGGAGUCCUACUCCCGCAGCUGCGGGGUGGGCCAGCAGCACUGCCUGCGAGCAUUCCAUCCCCCUGGGCCUGGCCGGCCCUGGUGCCCUGACAUACUUACCACAUACCAGGAACUCCGCUUCUGCAACCUGCGUGCUUGUCCAGUGCCUGGGGGCUGGUCUCGCUGGAGCCCCUGGUCCUGGUGUGAUCGCAGCUGUGGAGGGGGCCAAUCCCUGAGAGGCAGAAGCUGCUCGAGCCCACCUCCCCAGAAUGGGGGAGCACCCUGUGUCGGGGAAAGGCACCAUGCCCGACUCUGCAAUCCCAUGCCGUGUGAGGAAGGCUGCCCAUCAGGCAUGGAGCUAGUGAGCUGUGCUAACCGCUGCCCCCACCAAUGCUCAGAUUUGCAGGAGGGAGUCGUGUGUCAGGAAGGCCAGGUCUGCCAGCCAGGCUGUCGCCGCUCUGAAGGGUCUCUGGAGCAGGAUGGUGGCUGCGUGCCAGUGGAGCACUGUGAGUGCACAGAUGCCCAGGGCCAUAGCUGGGCCCCAGGGAGCCAACAUCAAGACUCCUACAACAACUGCUCCUGCCAGGCUGGGUGGCUCUCCUGCAUUUCUCAGCUCUGCCCGCCUCCUGCCCGCUGUGCCUGGAGUCGCUGGUCUGCCUGGAGUCCCUGCAGUCCUUCAUGUGGGCCUGGAGGGCAGCAGAGCCGCUUCAGGUCCUCCAUGUCAGGCUUAUGGGCCCCAGAGUGUCAGGAGGAACAGUCGCAGAGUCAGUCCUGCUCUGAGGCCCCCUGCCCGCCCCUGUGCCUACAGGACGCCCACCCCUGCACCUUGGGGGACAACUGGCUGCAGGGAGAGUGCCAGCAGUGCUCCGGCACCCUGGAGGGUGUGGUCUGUGAAGACACCGAGUGUGCAGUGCCCAGGGGCUGGAUGCUGUGGUCCUCCUGGUCCCACUGUUCUGUCUCCUGUGGAGGUGGAAACCAGGUCCGCACUCGAGCCUGCUUGGUGCCAGCCCCUCAGCAUGGGAGCCCACCCUGCCAGGGCCCUGACAUCCAGACUCAGUAUUGCGGGCAGCAACCAUGCCUGCAGCUGUUGGAGACCUGCUCCUGGGGCCCCUGGGGACCCUUCCGCAGCUGUGGCCCAGGCCUGGCCUCCUGCUCUGAGUCCUGCCCCUGCCUGCUGACCAAAGCAGAUCCCUUGUGCAAUGACACCUUCUCACGCCUGGACACUCAGGCCUGCUACCCAGGGCCCUGCCUGGAGGACCGUAUAUGGAGUGAGUGGAGCAGCUGGACUCACUGCUCAUGCAAGGUGCUGUUGCAGCAGCGCUACCGACACCAGGGGCCAGUGCCUGGCCGGGCCAGGGAAGGCCCCCCCUUCAUGCGUCUGGAUGGCCAUUUCCGGCCAUGCCCCGCUGCCAACUGCUCUGAGGACAGCUACCCAUCUCCCUUUGAGUUCCAGUCUUGUGGCUCCCCUUGCGCUGCGCUCUGUGCCACAUACCUGAGCCAUCGGCUCUGCCAGGACCUGCCACCUUGUCAGCCUGGCUGCUACUGCCCCAAGGUUCUGCUGGAGCAAGGUGGGGACUGCAUUCUCCCAGAGCAGUGUAACUGCUCCCAUACCUCAGGAGAGGGAGCUAGAGUGACCCUGGCCCCUGGGGACCACCUGUAGCUGGGCUGUAAGGAACGUGAGUGCCAGCAUGGAGAGCUGCAGUGUUCCAGCUGGGGCUGCGAAGGUCUUCUGCCUCUGAAUGGCUGGUCGGAGUGGUCACCCUAUGGGCCCUGCCUGCCCCGAAACCUUGGCCCUACCUCCAGGACAGCCCUUGAGGGGCGCUGGCCUCUGGACCCAAUAGGCUUCCCUCCAACCUCGGUUCCUCUGCUGGCUUCAGAGCAACACCGACCCUGGCUCUGCUUGGACCCUGAGACAGGGAGACCCUGGGCCAGAGACCCUGACCUCUGUACUGUGGCUCUCAGCCAACAACGCCUCUGCCCUGAUCCUGGAGUGGUAAGGGAGGAUAUAUGCCAAUGGAGUCCUUGGGGACCCUGGAGCUCCUGCCAGGUGCCCUGCAGUGGCCGAUUCCGGCUGUGCUGGAGAGAGGCAGGAGGUCCCCCUGGAGAAGACUGCAAGGGACCCUGGGCUCAGACAGAGAGCUGUAACAUGGGGUCCUGCCCAGGGGAGAGCUGCGAGAGCCAGGGCACCGUGUUUACCCUUGACUGUGCCAACCAAUGUCCUCGAAGCUGUAUCGACCUCUGGGAUGGUGUGCAGUGUCUACAGGGACCCUGCAGCCCAGGCUGCAGAUGUCCCCCUGGUCAGCUGGUGCAGGACGGACGCUGUGUGUCCAUCUCCUCUUGCUGCUGUGGCCUUCCCAGGGCCAAUGCCUCCUGGGAGCUGGCCCCAAUCCAGGUGGCCCAACUGGACUGCUAUAAUUGCACAUGCAUCAGUGGAUCCCUGGUGUGUCCACACCUUGAGUGUCCAGUCCUGGGACCUUGGUCAGCUUGGAGCCAGUGCUCAGCUGCCUGUGGUGGGGGCAUCAUGGAACGACAUCGAAGCUGUGAGGAGCGUCCUGGGGGAGCGCCCUGUCAGGCCCUGGACUUGCAGCCACAGCAAGCGUGCAGCCCGAAACCCUGCCCUGGUGAGUGCCCUGCCUUGCAGGUGCUCAGUACCUGUGCCACAAUGUGCCCGAGCCUCUGCUCCCACUUGCAGCCUGGCAGCAUCUGCAUUCGGGAACCCUGCCAGCUUGGCUGUGGCUGCCCUGGGGGACGGCUGCUACACAACGGUUUGUGUGUGGCCCCUGCUGCCGGCCCCUGCACCCAGCUUUCUCUGCCCUGGGGCCUCACCCUGCCCUUUGAAGAGCAGGCCCAGGAGCUGCCCCCAGGGACUGUGCUCACAUGGAACUGCACACACUGCAUCUGCCAAGGUGGAGUCUUCAGCUGCAACCUCACUGACUGUCAGGAAUGUCCUCCUGGAGAAAUGUGGCAGCAAGUGAGCCCUGGGGAACUUGGGCUCUGUGAACAGACAUGCCCAGAGCUGAACACAACACUGGCUCAUGGGAACUGCACUGCAGUACAGGCUCCAGGCUGUGUGUGCCAGCCGGGGCACUUCCACAGCCAGGCAGGUUCCUGCGUCCUUGAAGACCACUGUGAGUCACGGCGCCACUUGCCUGGAUCUGAAUGACAGGAGGCCUGUGAGAGGUGCCGCUGCCUCAGUGGGAGGAGUGUCUGCACAUGGCACUGCCCAGGUCUCACCUGUGCUCAGGGUGAAGUGAUGGUACAGGAGCCAGGGAGCUGUUGUCCCACUUGCCAACAGGACACUUUGGAUAUGAAGGGUAUGGGUACCCCUAUUAUGCCUGAGCCAUACCUGCAGAGCCAGUGCGAAUGCUGUAGCUACCGCCUGGACCCGGUGCGGAUCCUGAACCUGCGCUGCCCCGGCGGCCACACAGAGCCUGUGGUCCUUCCGGUCAUCCACAGCUGCCAGUGCAGCGCCUGCCAGGGUGGUGAUUUCUCGAAGCGUUAACAGGCUCUACUGGAUGUUGUCCAUUUUCAUCCCCCCACAAAGGGCUCCGUGGAACUCACCACUUCCUUCAGUGCCCACUCCCCCAACUCAGACCUAGGAUCCAUGCCCUGGCCUUAGCAUAUCCCAAAUAAAGUGACACUGGCAA